AUGAUUUGCAAACUGAUGCUUCUAGUUUCGAUUGUGGCAGCUGCCCCGGAAUCGAAGAUGGACGCCGCUGUAUCCGAUCUUGUCAUGGGGCUCGAUCACUUGACCGGAAAGACCAUGCUGAAACUCGUUGAUUCACUUGCAGAUCUGAAACUCGAAUCGGGAGAGAGUGCUGCCAUCCGCUGUGAAGUCACCUCUACCCCAUCUGCUGUAAUCUUUUGGGAAAAGGACGGAAAACGGGUUCAGGGAUCCGACAAAUUGAAUUUGUUUGAGAAGAUUACAAAUACGGGCAAGUUCGUCGUGGAGUCAGGAAUUGUCUCGAGCAUUUUCCACAUUCCUUGUGCCUCCAGCAAGGACUCUGGUGUCUACAAAUGCAUUGCAACUAAUGGACAUUCCACUGUGGAGAGCACCGCGGAGAUCCAAGUCGAUGGUGUAGACGGAAAGUGUCCAUCAACCCACCGCACUGCUCCAAAGAUCACUCUCCAAACCGAAUCCCGCUUCGAGAUGUCCGGAAAUGCCGCCACCCUCGUCUGCCGUGCUGACAAGAAGGCUGACUGGACCUGGACUUUCUCAGGGGAGCCAAUCAAGAUGGACGACGGACGCCACGAGAUCCUUCCCAACGGGGAUCUCUUCAUCCGUAAUAUUUCAUGGGACGACAUGGGAGACUACACAUGUGUUGCUUCAAACAAGUAUGGACAGUCCGAGGCAGAAACCUUCCUCUACCCAACCAAGAAGACUGUUGCUUAA